AUGUACCUCUGCCAAAAAUCUCGCUUCCGACUGGCAAAAGGCGAGCCACGAGCCACCGAUUGACAACUUCACGCACUGAUGUUUCAAGAGAAUCCAGGUGCAAGCUCUUGUUCUGUUGAGCUGUGACAAGGCUGCUGAUUGUUGGCCAGAGUAUCCUGGUGGAUUGAAUCAAUCGAGGGGUUCACUUCUCACUGCUGACCGGUCGACCCUCAACAGGCCAGUUUCUGAUUCCGAGAGUGCUUCGGUGAUAUAAUUCAAGAAACACCCCGUUGAGCACGCUGGCUGUCACUCCCACUGGCGAUUGAUUGGUGGCAGCAAAACGUCUGGUACAGUGUACUUCGAAUCGAAUCGGCUGAUCUACGUUAUCCGGCUCUAUUCACCACCCUUCUCGAACAGAAGUUCCUCCAUUCCCUCCCCACUCCCCACUCCCCACUCCCCACAACUCAUUUACAAGCAUGAGCACCGAUCGAUCGUUGCAGCGACGUCGUUGGCGAAAGACCAGUCGAUUGAGCCGAAUGGCGUCGCUUCAAGAAUCCGAGCUUUCCAUUAUUACGCAGCCUUCCGAUGUCAGUGACCAGGAAUCCUCCUUGACCUCCCUCAUGGCAUUUGAUCCUUUGGCUUCUGAUGAUAUCCUAGAUGGGUACGCUGUCGAUGAUGAGACCAGUAUUGAUGCGCCGCGGAGCAUUGAAAAGCCACGCCAGCUGGCAUCUGCGUCUCCUUUGCAACAAAGUCCAGUCUCCACGGCAGAAAUGGUGGAAGAAUCAAACAUACAAGUACACUUCUGUGAAACCACGGUCACAGAGAUGAACCAGAUCUUGAAGUGGUAUUCCUCAAGAAGUGUGAUGGACAAUGAUGAUGGAGCUGGAGCAGACAGUCAAGCACCAGACAACUCUUUGAAUCUCCAACGCGAGGACCUGCCAGUUCCGGAACACAACGAUUCCUAUAUCACCGACCAGGACUCCUCCUUGACAUCUGCGGUUGCACUGUCAUCAGAUCUGCUAUUGGGUGAUAUCCAUCACGAGUAUUCUGCAGGUGAAGAUCGUCAUGAAAAAGGCCUUGACAUACCAUAUGGUCUGUCUGCAUCCAUGUCGUCUCUGCACGACCAGAAACACAACAAUAUUCAACCCCUCUCUACAACCAAAGCAGCGGAGGAAUCCAAGAUUCAAGUUCACUUUUGCGAAACUACUGCCACGGAAAUGAAUGAAAUUCUCCAUUGGUGGUCCUCCAAGAGCGCGAUUGACACUGAUGCAACAGCUGAUGAUAGCUCUUUGAAAUCCCAUGAAGAAAAUGGUCACUCAGACCAGCAAGCUUCACAUCUGACCGGUAACUCGCUGGUAUGUGACACUCCCAAAUCUGAGGCUUGUAUGGACCUUUCGCAGCAUUCGCACUUUGGGGGACGAAGCGUGUCGUCAUCGCUUUCAGUGUCCCAGAAUCACUGUGAAAUGACAGACGAUCCGCUGUCACAAAGCGACACUCUCUUUCCAUCCAUUCAGGAUGACGAGAAAGAAAACGCUAACAUUGUGCAUCUCGGGGUUGCAGAUGGCUCCGACCAAGAGGACAUGCGAGCGACGGCGCAGGAACAACAUGAAGAAGUUACGCGCCUCUUGUAUCAGACACAAGACAUGGCCGAAAAGGUCGCCUCUCUUGCGGAAACGUCCUGUACCGAAGAAGAAGAAGACGAGGAGGGUAAUGAAACUGACCACGAUGACGAAUGCACCGGACCACUCCUUGAAGUGGUUGAAGGUUGGCUGAAUGCACCUCGUGGCGGGAUUCGACGACGACGUCGAAAGAAGCUUCAUUCCAACAUUCACAAUAAGAGCCCUUCAGACCAGGAAGUUCCAAGCUCCUCGUUGCUACAAUUGCGCUGGCAAGAUUAUGCUCACCUAUGGUUUCGUCGCCAUCGAAUGAGUUUCGAAACGGCCAUUGUUAGGCGUUGCUUGGUCCCAGUUCUGCCACUUCCUGCGCUUCUUCAUCUCAUGAAUCGGCCCAAGCUCACCCGUCAACUUGUUUGGGGUACAAUCCUCCUGGCUAUGCUUGGAUUCCCUUUGAUCCUGUGGCUCUAUUUCCCACAACGGGUGCUUGCUCCAGUAUCUGUUCAGCCAAAAUUGGACCUCUUCUUGCAACACCCGUACUAUACCUCCGAGCUGCACUACUCCUUGCACGCGAUUCGUCCCCUUGCGGGUGAAACCACUUCUACAUUCUUCGAAAGUGACUCUGAUUAUGAUUUCCUUUGAAAUAUUGGACCUCAACUGGUCAGCUGUCGGGUUGAUACC